AGGCGCGGCGGCGGGCGGCGGCGCGGUGCAGCAGGGAGGCUGUCGGCGGAGCGGAGCGGGAUGGGGAGCGCGGCUUUGCUGUGGGGCUGGCUUCUCCUUGGCUGCAGCUGUGCGCCGGGCCCCCCCGGGAUCGAUGCUGCUGCGCUCUUGACGGCUACCUACGUGCUGGAUGAUGCCGGCGGGCUGGGCAGGACGUUUGAUGGGAUCGGGGCUGUCAGCGGCGGCGGGGCCACAUCUAGACUCCUGGUGAACUACCAAGAACCUUAUCGCUCCCAGAUUUUAGAUUAUCUGUUCAAGCCAAAUUUUGGUGCUUCUUUACAUAUCCUCAAAGUAGAGAUUGGAGGUGAUGGACAAUCAACAGAUGGUACUGAACCCUCCCAUAUGCACUAUGAAAAUGACGAGAACUACUUCCGGGGCUAUGAAUGGUGGCUGAUGAAAGAAGCUAAAAAGAGGAACCCCAAAAUUAAACUGAUUGGAUUACCUUGGACAUUUCCAGCAUGGGUGGGGAAGGGUGAAAACUGGCCCUAUGACUAUCCAGAUGUCACUGCUUACUAUGUUGUUUCUUGGAUAUUAGGAGCUAAACAGUAUCAUGAUUUGGAUAUUGAUUAUGUUGGGAUAUGGAAUGAAAGGGCAUUUAGUAGCAAAUACAUUAAGCUGUUGAGAUACACAUUGGAUAAGCAUGGUCUGCAGCAGGUGAGGAUCAUAGCCAGCGAUAGACUGUGGGAGCCCAUUUCCUUUGUCUUGCUGCUUGACUCUGAGCUCCACGGAGUGGUCGAUGUGAUUGGGGCUCACUAUCCUGGAACAAAAACAGUGCCAAACGCCAUAUUAACUAAGAAGAAACUGUGGUCUUCAGAAGAUUACAGUACUUUCAAUGAUGAAGGAGGUGCAGGCUGCUGGGCUCGGAUCCUGAACCAAAACUACGUGAAUGGAAACAUGACCUCAACCAUCGCAUGGAACUUGGUGGCUAGUUAUUAUGAAGAGUUGCCCUUUGGUCGAUGUGGAUUAAUGACAGCGCAAGAGCCAUGGAGUGGCCACUACAAAGUAGAAGCUCCUAUUUGGAUUACAGCACACACAACGCAGUUUACUCAGCCAGGCUGGUCAUACUUGCAAGUGGAUGGGCACUUAGAAGGAGGUGGCAGUUUUGUAGCUUUAACAGAUGGCCUAGGAAACCUUACCAUCAUUGUUGAAACUAUGACUCAUAAUCACUCUCAGUGUAUCAGGCCUCCGCUGCCUCAUUUUGAUGUGAAACCUCAGAGAGCAACUUUCUACCUCAAAGGGUCAUUUUAUAUGGUGGAAACCCUUCAGGUGUGGCAUUCUAGACUUGGUUUUGAAUCUGGAAACACUAGUCUGUUCCAGCAACUCUGUCCUGUAAAGGUGUGGAAGGGAAGUUUUUCUUUAGAUCUAAAUGUGGAUGAAGUCUACACUUUAACCACACUCAAGACAGGGCAGAAAUGUGGUUGCCCAAAGCCUCCACCACCUCAUCCCUUUCCUUCAAAUUACAAAGAUGAUUUCAAUAUUCGUAAUCCACCUUUCAGUGAAGCCCCAAAUUUUGCGGAUCAGACAGGUGUGUUUGAAUACUUCAUAAAUGCUUCUGACCCAGGAGAUCAUGUGUUCACACUCCGCCAGGUGGUGGUUCAGCGACCCAUCACUUGGGCUUCUGAUGCAGACCAGACCAUCAGCGUCAUAGGAAAUUUUCAGUGGGUAAACAUGACAGUCACUUGUGACAUCUACAUAGAAAAACAACGUGAUGGGGGCGUGUUUAUUGCAGGAAGAGUUGACAAUGGUGGGAUAUACGUUCGACGUACCAAAGGAGUUUUCUUCUGGGUUUUUGCAGAUGGCACCUACAGAGUCACUGGAGACCUAGCUGGAGAAGAAAUAUUAAUGAAAGGACUUUCUGGUGUCCGGGAUAACGUGUGGCACACGCUUACUCUCAACAUCCAGGGCACUUCUGCCUCAGGACUGUUAAAUGGUUAUCCACUCUGGGAGAAUGUCACCGUUUCUGAACCAAGUAAUGGCUGGGCUGCUAUGGGAACUCGCUCGUUUGAGUUUGCACAGUUUGACAACUUUCACGUUGAAGCUAGCUGAGGUGGCUUUUGUAUUUGGAGAGCCCGCUUCUCAUAUUACUUUGAAUAAGAGCCAGUUCAGACUUUGAGGACAACUUAAUGCUAUGCUGAGAUUGAUCUGUUGGCAAGGAAUCUGAAUUCUGUCCUUGUUACUUGUUAAAGGUUUACUUGAAUAGGUGUCAACGUGACUGUAACUUUAUCCCCUGAUUCCUAUGGGAUUAUUGCCCUUUGAGUUUUGGGGGGUAAAAUUUAGUUCAAGGUAAUGAUGAAAACAAAAUAAUGCAUUUAAAUCUCUUUUAAUAACAUCUUAACUUCCCAGCUCACUUUUAAGAUAACUUCAGAAGUUAACAGAAAACAGAGCAUCUGAAGCUGCAUUUUUAAGUUACAUGAUUGUGUCCAUUCCUUUCACUCUGAAAGAAAGAAUUAAAUGCCAUUAAACCCUAUGAGCCAGUGGCCCCAGAGUGUUGCAGGUCUGUCAUUCUCAAAUUUCAUUUGAAGUACCAAGUUUUUCUAUAGGGAUAUAAAAAAAAUAUUUUUUGGUCAGAUUUUCUGCUACAGUCUGAGGCUAGACGUUACAUUUGAUUAUUUCUUCCUGAUUGCUUCUUCCAGCUUCCAUUGCUAGCCCUAAAAUAGAUCAUAUCUUCUGUGGAACGGAAAUGUGCCUUGUGGCUGGUUAGGCAGUGCAGGUUGUGCCUUACUUCGAAACUACCUCCUCUUUCCGAUGAAGGGGUUGAAAUGGACGUAGAGAUACCGUAAGUUGCUCGUUAAUGAUAGUUUUGUGGGUUUCUUUGGUGUUACAAAGAAUAAAAACUUUGCGUGGUGGAUGCUCCAAGUGAGGUCACAUGUGGAAAAACUGGCCUUUUUUUCCUAGAAACUUGGGCAAAGACCUCUCGCUUUUGAUGGAUCUAAAGCUUAGAGCGGAAAAUAAUGAAAGCAUAACAAUGUUGUUUAGCCUGUUAUUACUGUAGCACAGAGGAGAUGUGGAUACUGUCACAUCCUGUUAUAAAAGAAAAUAAAAAAUAGCCUUUGCCCUUAAGAGCUUGCAGUCUGUUCAUGAGGUGAGUGACAGCAGGUGGAUGCAGACAGAAUUGUUUAGUGUGCCAGGCGGUAGUAAGGACACAAUAGCAGCUGUUCUUAAACUUUUCUUAGGUGUUACAGAGUAAAGUUCAGAGGCGAUUUCAGAUCCUUGGGAAAGGAGGGAUUCUGUUUUGCUGUUGCUUCAUUAUUUUUUUUCCCAAGUGCAACCCCCCAAAAAAUAAUAAUUGAGAAUAUAAUGAGGUACUGAAUGGGAUUUUCGUCACACACAUUCCAAACUCGGUUGGUUUCUGAUUUUUUCUUGUUUGCUGUUGGUUGGAAUGAAGAUGAUGUCUGUUAGCGUAAUGAAACACUCCCUCUGUGUCCGUCUACUUUUCACAUUCACAUCCAAUUUAAUUGACAAGCAAGUAGUCCCACAGACUUGAUAAGGCCUCUGUAGCAGGUGAUAUCUUGAGAAACAGAUUUGCAGGGUACUUUGAUUUAUACAGAUUAUUACUUUGAUCCACUGUAUUUUGGAGGCUGUUUCAAGUGUGAACUUCAGUCAUUGAAGUUGUCAUCUAAUACAGAGUUAGAGUAAUACGAAUCAUUAUUGGAAAACUUUUAUAAAGGUUAUCUUCCAAAGUAGCUUUUGGAGAAGAGUUAUCAAAAUUCCAUCUCUAAUAAGUAAAGUAUUUUUUAUCUUUUAGCUAUUAUACUGAUAUUGCUAUUGACUGGUUAGGAGUCAGUCAUACGUGCAAGUUCCAUACAUGCUAGUAACCUUGAAAAAUGGUCCAAACCACUAAACUUUAACACUCCUGUGGAAGGCUUCCAAAUAUUAAGUAACUAUUUACUUAGCUGGGUGAAAAAUGAAAGCCAUUUUUCCACUGCAGUUUCAUUUGAUGGUUGAAGCAUGGAUGCAAAUCUGUCAUUACUUGCUUGAUUUCUGAAGGGAUGUCACUGGUAACUCCAGAUGUGAAGGAAUCUAACUUUAGGUCCUCAUAUUCAAGUAAUAUGAGUAUAGGAGAAGUAUUUCUCAGAAUAAGCUUAUUUUAGCUGUGAUGGAUUUUUCCCAGUAGGAUACUUCUUGGACUUCCUGGUAGCUUGUGUGGCUGCAAGCAGUGUUUGUGUAAGAGAGAGAUCAGCAAUGAUGCAGUUAUUCCAAAGGAGCUGUCCAGGUGUUUUUUACUUUUUAAUGCACUAGUGUAAUAAACUGCACUGUUUAAACACAAUGUACUUUAUCACUGGAAGUGUUGAUUUUUUUUCCUAAUCUUUUAAUUUAUAAUGUUAGAGGAUUAAACUGUUAUGAACAGUGUGAUUUAAUGGUGAUAUAAUGUUAUUCAUCUUUAUAUGUCUGUAAUUCUUCACCCUUCAGCUGGCUGCAAUAUGUUUGGCAAUAACAAGCUGUCAGGUCUUUCACUGAGGGGUGGAUUUAUGUUGUUGAUUAUAAAUACUAAUCAUUCCAAAUGGACAAAUAAAACACUUAAACCCCC